AGCAAAAUAACCGGUUUAUAGUGACGAGGGGCUGGCUGGAUUAUUCAACAAUUAGGGACGCGGGUACGGAUUUUCGCCUUUAAUCACGUUAAUGCGUGAUAUAUCAACAAUAUCAGACACCGGAAAUUGUUGGAUACAGUUUGGAAUCAACAAUAUUUUGAAUCAAUAUUUGAGCAGCCUGAAAGCAAAAUAAUUCUGAUAUUAUGACACCAGCUCGUUGGCGGCCAUAAAGCUAAAGCAGAGCGUAUUCUGAGCCCAAUGUCUCUUCUCUGGAAGCCCUAGCACCGGUGUCUUCCUCUCCUGUCAGUGGUGGCGUCCCCUGUAGGAGCAUGUCGGCAGCACAAACUCAGAAGGAUAGCGAGGGUCCCUGGGGACUGGACUCCCUGGGCUUGAGCCAGAGAGAGCUGGUACUGGCUGAAGCCCUACAGAUGGAGUAUGAUGCCCUGUCCAGACUCAAACAGGACAAGGGGGAGGACAGCCAGGGGACCAGCAGCCAGGGUGGUGGGAAGGUACCUACCCUACCCCCCUGGGAGGGCCAGAGGCAGGUCGAUCGCCCCCUCCCACCCCGCCCCAGCCUUAGUCCUCCUGGAAGGAGUUUGCUAAGAGGAUUAUCUGGCUCAGACCUCUCCCUCCACCACCUCCAGCCUGGGGGGUCCCACUCCCCACAGCCCUCCCCAGCCAGGGCCAGGGAGCCCAUCUAUAUCCUGGAGAGUCCAGGGAAGGGAGACUACUUGAGUUCCAGCUAUGGGGAGUCAGGGUCUAGCUUUGGUUCUUCUCUGACUCUGCCUAAAGGCUUCCCCCCUCGUCCUGAUGACCCUCCUCCUGCUGUACCCCCCAGGACCCCUCUACUCCCUUCCUCUGAGCCCUUCCUGCCCCCCCGACCCACUACGACUCCCCGAGAUGUCAACCUGUUCACCCCCGAGGUGGACCAGCCCAAACUGUCGUCAGGGGAGACGCUAAACUACGAGAGCCUCAACGACGCUCUCUCCAAGCUCAAUGGGGAUUUGCCAUCGCCAAGGGGUAGGCGGGCCAACGGGGACCAAUCAGGGAAGCCGUUGGCUCGGAGCAAGACGCUCCCCCCUCAGGUGCCCCCCCGCACCUACGUACCUAUCCAAAAGAGCAACAAGAACCAGCACAGAGUGUCGGCCGAUCCGGUGUCCCUGGGCACCAGGCUCAAUGGUUUUGGUUAUGAGCUCUUCCAGGUGUCAGAGGAGAGAGACGAGGAGGUGGCCGCCUUCUGCCACAUGCUCGAUGUAUUGCGGUCAGCAUAUCCGUGCAGUGACCAGUCUAAGAACACAGGGUUUGUGUGGACACCCUCAGUGGGGCCUGAAGAGCUGCAACAGGGCUUAGGGGUCAGCGUCAAGGUUACGGUCAUCAGCGACCACUUUAGAGAACCACUCACCUUCACCUGUGAUGGGUCGUCUACGGUAGACCUGUUGAUCUACCAGACGUUGUGUUACGCGAAUGAAGACCUCGACCACAUUGAUGUCGACCACUACCUCCUCAAAAUCUGCGGUCAGGCCGAGUUCCUACAGAAUUCCCAGACGUUGACAGGGUUGGAGCAUAUCCAGCUGUGUGUGAAGUUUGACUGGGACAUUCGUCUCUUCCUCACCAAGAGAGGCUCUGUCAACACAGAACUGGGCCGCACGGAGGAGGACGAUGAGACGGCCUCUACGAUGAACCACAGCAUCCUGCUGCAGGAGCGACCAAUCAAACAGACAGUUACUAGGGAGGCUUUGACUCUGCUCCUGGACACCUUUCACAACGAGGCUGAGUCCUUUCAUCUAUCAGAGGUGGAGCUUGUGUUGCACGUGGAACGGCUCGUCCAAUCAGUGAAGGCUCUCUGCAGCUCACUGGCUGCUGUGGAAACGCCUGACAUCACUUCCGCCCUCAACCAGCUUCCAGCAUGCCCCUGUCGUCUGCAGCCCAGAGUCCAGAAGGAUUCAUCAGUGCUGGCCAUCAGAGAGAACAGAGAGAAAGUGGUGGAGAAGCUGACGGUGGCAAUUUUAGAUCUGGUGGAGCUGUACUGCAGCACAUUCAACGCUAACUUCCACACUACGGUGCAGAGCAACCGGCACACAGCGCCCACACAGGAAGCAGGCCUGGUCACCAACGUCCUAUCCUUCAGCGUUUACGCUGCUCACCGCAUCCCCAUCACAUGGGCGGCCAGCUACGAGGGCUUCUUCCUGUCGUGCUCUCUGACCCAUGGAGGGGCGGAGCUUUGUGCCCCUCGGCACACCAACAAACAGCAGGUCAGCAAGUACCUGUUUCACCUGGUAGUCUGGGACCAUAGGGUGUGUUUCCCAGUGCAGAUCAACCAGUUGCCAAGGGAGACCCAGCUGACAGUGACUCUGUAUGCCAGUGCUCUGCCACCCCCUGGAGGAGUGGAAGAGAAGGGUAGUAAGCAGCGCCGCAGCAUCGAAUCCCUGGGCUGGGUCACCAUGCCCCUCUUCAACUUCAGACACAUCCUGACAUGUGGGAGGAAGCUACUGGGUCUGUGGCCUUCCACCCCAGGAAGUAACGCUCGCUCCAGCUUCCCCAACUUCAGCCAGCCUGACAGCGUCAUCCUGCAGGUGGACUUCCCAACGUCGUCAUUUGAGGUGCACUUCAGUACACCCCCUCCUGCAGAGUUCAGUCCCCAGUAUGACUUCUCCAGACUGGACCAGCACAGCCAGAGACAACUACAGGACGUUCUGCACAAGAAGUCACUUUUCUGGUUGACUCCAGAGGACAAGCGUCUGUUGUGGGAGAAGCGUUCGUUCUGCCAGUCAGAGAGUAGUGCCCUGCCCCUGGUGCUGGCUAGUGCCCCCCGCUGGGAGUGGGCAUGUCUGUCAGAUAUUUAUGCCCUGCUCCGCCAGUGGGCAUGUCUCAACCACCACCACGCACUGGGCCUGCUGCAUGCCACGUUCCCUGAUCAGGAGCUGAGGCAUACUGCAGUACAGUGGAUGGACUCUAUCUCUGACUCUGAGCUGCUGGACUUCCUACCACAGCUGGUGCAGGCUCUGAAAUAUGAGUGUUACCUGGACAGCCCGUUGGUGCGUUUCCUGCUACGGAGAGCCAUAGGGGACAUGCGCAUCGCACACUAUCUCUUCUGGUUGUUGAAGGACUCUCUGCAGGACAGUCAGUUCAGUGGGAGGUACCAGCACCUGUUAGCAGGCCUGCUGUGCUGUGUGGGUCGGGGUCUCCGAGAGGAGUUUGACAGGCAGUGCUGGCUGGUCACCAUCCUGGCUAAAGUAGCCCAACGUGUCCGGGACACCUCUCCCUCCAGCAGACAGGCCAUCCUUCGAGAGAGACUGGAGGAGGUCAGGCAGUUCUUCUCAGUCAGUAGCAGCUGCCGUCUCCCCCUUAACCCUGGCAUGCUGGUCAAAGCCAUCAACAUACAGUUGUGUUCCUACUUCAACUCCAACGCCGUGCCCCUCAAACUGUCCUUCCAGAACCUGGAUCCUCUGGGAGACAACAUCAAUGUCAUCUUCAAAUCAGGUGACGACCUGCGCCAGGACAUGCUGACGCUGCAGAUCAUCCGCACCAUGAACAAAAUCUGGAUUCAGGAGGGGCUAGACAUGAGGAUGGUCAUCUUCAGAUGUUUUUCUACCGGACGAGGCAGAGGUAUGGUGGAGAUGAUUCCCCAGGCUGAGACUCUGAGGAAGAUCCAGGGGGAACAUGGAGUGACUGGUUCCUUUAAGGACCGCCCCCUGGCUGACUGGCUACAGAAACACAACCCCACAGAGGACGAGUAUGAGAAGGCUGUGGAGAACUUUAUCUACUCUUGCGCAGGCUGCUGCGUGGCCACCUACAUCCUGGGUAUCUGUGACCGUCACAACGACAAUAUCAUGCUAAAGACCAGCGGUCACAUGUUCCACAUCGACUUUGGCAAGUUUUUAGGACACGCCCAGAUGUUUGGCAACAUCAAACGGGACCGUGCUCCAUUUGUGUUCACCUCUGACAUGGCCUAUGUCAUCAACGGAGGAGACAAACCUUCCAGUCGUUUCCAUGACUUUGUUGACCUGUGCUGUGAGGCCUACAACCUCAUCCGCAAACACACACACCUCUUCCUCAACCUACUGGGACUGAUGUUGUCGUGUGGCAUUCCUGAGCUGUCAGACCUGGAUGAUCUGAAGUAUGUCUACGAUGCCUUGAGACCUCACGAGUCUGAGGCUGACGCUACAAUGUACUUCACCAGGUUGAUAGAGUCCAGUCUGGGCAGUGUUGCAACUAAAUUGAACUUCUUCAUCCAUAACUUGGCCCAGAUGAAGUUUGCCUCAUCCGAGGAGCAUCCUGUCCUCUCCUUUGCUCCUCGGGUUUACACCCUCAAGACUGAUGGACUCAUCCGCAACCUCUUUGUCUGCCGACACAUACGAACGUACAGCUCCAGCAAGGGACACGCAUUUGUGGUGAAGGUGGAGCGAGAGGGCCAGCAGGGGUCAGUGUUGGUCCAGAGGAGCUUUGAGGAGUUCUAUGAACUACACAGUAAACUACGCCUCGUCUUCCCCUCAUCCAAACUACCCAGUUUCCCCAGCCGGUUUUUGAUUGGGCGGUCUCGAGGAGAGGCGAUGGCUGAUAGGAGGAAAGACGAGCUCAACGGAUACGUCUGGCAUCUGGUGCACGCUGCGCUCGAGGUCGCCCAGUGUGACCUCAUCUACACUUUCUUCCAUCCUCUGCAAAGAGACGAGAAACGGAACAGUGGUGUGAACACACUGCAGAGCAAACCUGCAGAGAUCUGUUGGGCUCCGGUCUCAGGCAAAGUGGUAGGAGAGGUCAAGCUCUCCAUCUCCUACAAGAAUGACAAGCUCUUUAUCAUGGUCAUGCACAUACGAGGCCUGCAACCCUUGCAGGAAGGGACAGACCCUGACCCCUAUGUCAAGCUGUACCUCCUCCCAGACCCCCAGAAAACCAGCAAGAGGAAGACCAAGGCCGCGCGCCGCACUUGCAACCCCACCUACAAUGAGAUGUUGGUAUAUGACCGUAUCCCUCAUGGAGACCUGCAGCAGAGGGUUAUCCAUCUGCGGGUACUCGGGGAUGGUGCAUUCUGGGAAAACACCCUGCUGGGCGAGGCCUUCAUCCCCCUGAAGACUCUGACACCCGGACAGUGCUGGGCAGACUGGCACCAACUGGGCACGCCCAGCACCGACUCCACACACUGAGUGAGAGAGAGGGCGAGAAAUUACUCAUCAGGUUGGCGUGUGUGUGCACGCACAUAGGUCUGCUCAGUUGUGAGAGUUGGUCUGGUUUAUUCCCCCAAUGGGGGUGUGUGUUGACUCCUAUCAUGUCCAGUGGGGGUGUGUGUGGACUCCUAUCAUGUCCAGUGGGGGUGUGUGUGGACUCCUAUCAUGUCCAGUGGGGGUGUGUGUGGACUCCUAUCAUGUCCAGUGGGGGUGUGUGUUGACUCCUAUCAUGUCCAGUGGGGGUGUGUGUUGACUCCUAUCAUGUCCAGUGGGGGUGUGUGUUGACUCCUAUCAUGUCCAGUGGGGGUGUGUGUUGACUCCUAUCAUGUCCAGUGGGGGUGUGUGUUGACUCCUAUCAUGUCCAGUGGGGGUGUGUGUUGACU